GCUGACUAGAAAUGGGAAAGAUGACUGUCUGAUGCGGCAUGACCGAAUCACUACCAUACUUGGCUUUUUGUUGGUAUGCUUGGCCAAUUAGGAUGUUAGUGGCUUGGCUGGCUAAAUGUGCCUCGUGUGAGAAGGCAGACUUCAGGCUUUCAGCUCGGAGACCUCUGACAGCAGCUUCGCUCUCGCACCAUAAAAGAACAGCAUUGUGUGCCUUUUCAUUCAAACAGCGCAAACAAAACAAAAAUCACCAAACGAAAAUUCAAUCAAUGGCGUCCCAAGCGCAAGUUAUCAGAGCCCCUGCGCGGCCGCAGCAGACGCAUCGCCUGUCCAUCUUCCUCGGAGGGACCGCCAGCGACACGGGGGAACCCGAUUGGCGGGAGGCGCUGAACAAAGGACUCGCCGACCAGGCCGUCACCAUCUUCGACCCGAAACGCGACGACUGGGACGCGACAUGGCGAGAGGACUUCUCCGACACGCGCUGGGCGGACCAGAUCCAGUGGGAGCUCGACAUGCAGGACACGGCCGACAUCAUCGUGGUGCUGUUCCAUGGCGUCACGGCCGCGCCCGUCAGCUUGGCCGAGAUGGGCAUGGCUUCGCGGACGGGGAAGCUGAUUGCGUGCGCGCUGGACGGGUACUGUAAGAAGGGCUACGUGGAGGCGGUCUGUAGGAAGUUCAAGGCGCCGUUUGUGCGGAGCGAGGAUGAGCUGAGGAGGGUGGUGAUGGAGAGACUGAGUGAGCUGCGGGUGGGCAGAGGAGAAGAGUGAUUAAGAUGGGGGGAGUCGGUCGGGACUUGAUGGGACGAUAGAUUCUCUCUGAGCGAUACUUGCCCUUUCAACCCCCCAAAUAGUUCAAUACCCUAAUGAAACAUAUUGGACCAACUCCUUGACGAGCAAGUUAUCCAGUGUCAAG